GAUCUUCGUGGCCUCCUUUGUCGUCGGCACUGAUCAGGGAGCUGGACUCUAUUGUCUCCUAAUCUCUCUCGCAUCCUUCAUCUAUUGUCCAUUUCUUUCCCUCUCUUUCCCCCCCAUUGUCUCUCUGUUCAUUGGGAUUGGCCGCAGUCAUGGCCACCGAAUCCGACGCCCUCGACCAAAAGGCUGCGGCCGAGCUGCAGGUCGAGAUCAUCCCGGGUACUGAGGUGAUGACCGAUGUUCAUGGCGUUCGUUUCGCUCAUGCUGGUGGAAAAGAGAGCGGCUCUGUCCUUGUCCCACACCCGACCAACGACUUGCAUGAUCCACUGAACUGGUCUCGGCCCUGGAAAUAUGCCACUGCCUUCACCCAGCUUCUCUACGUUUGGGUCCUCGUGUGUUCGGCCUUGUCAAUCGCUCCCCUGUUCCCUCUUUUGGGCGCAUACUUUCACAUUGGCGACCAGCAACUGUCUCUCUUGACUGGUGUUAAUGUCAUUACACUCGGCUUCGCCAACAUCCUUAUCGUCCCCCUGUCAAACAUUUUCGGCCGUCGCCCAAUCUCAAUCGUGUUCGGCUUUCUCGUGGUUCUAACCAACAUCUGGCAAGCCUUGGCUACCUCUCACACGAGUUUCCUCGCCUUCCGUGCGUGCAAUGGCUUGGUCGCGGCGACGAGCGAGACAAUCAUGGUUCAAGUCAUCGCGGACAUGUUCUUCUUGCAUGAGCGCGGCACCUGGAUGGGCCUCUACUUCAUCUUCUACUUCUCCGGCGCCUUCCUCGGCCCCAUCAUGUCCGGCAACAUUGCAGCUCGUCACGGCUGGCGCAGCUUCUUCUGGCUGACCGUCGCCCUCGCCGCGUUUGUCACUGUCCUCCUGAUAUUCUUCUUCCCCGAGACCAAGUGGCGACGCGACACUGCCAACCAUGCUGGUGUCAAAGAUGAAGAGACGAACACCAAGACUCAAAAAGCUACUGUCGAGUCCGAGGUCAGCAGCCAAGAUUUGGCCGGGGGCGCGGUGGUUGGCGGAGGAAAGCCGUCAAGAGCACAAUACUCGCUAAUUCAGAAGAUCGAUCCCAACUGGGUUCGCUACAUUGUGCGUGACUUGACGACGCCAGUCAUUGUCUUCUUCAAUCCUAUCGUCUUCUGGGCCGCGCUCAUGCUCGCUGGACCUGCGGAUCUGCUCUUACUAUUCAACCUCACGGAAUCCCCUCUGUUCUCCUCGCCAGCUUACCGCUUCAACCCAGGGCAAGUGGGCUACACCAACUUCGCCUUCUUCGUGGGCGGCAUCGUCGGCGUCGCUACCGCCGGCCCCUUCUCCGACUGGCUCGCUCGCCGCUCCACGAUCAGAAACAACGGCAUCCGCGAAGCAGAAAUGCGCCUUCCAGCUCUGAUCCCCUUCGUCUGCUUCUUCAUCAUCUCGAACAUUGUCGGCGCCAUCGGCUACCAACGCCUCUGGCCAUGGGAAGCGAUCGUGGUGUGCGGCUUUGGCUUCUCCGGCUUGGCUGUCACUUCCAUUCCUGCGAUCUCAAUUGCCUACGCUGUCGAUUGCUACAAGCCCAUCGCGGGCGAGAUUAUGGUUGUCGCGACGGUGAUGAAAAAUGUGCUCGGGUUCUGCCUGAGCUACUGGAUCUUCAACCUGGCGCAGCGCGAGGGUUUCCUGACGGUUUACAUGGUGCAGUUUGCGGUCGAUAUGCUGCCUGUCGUUCUCACCAUCCCGUUGUACCUGUAUGGCAAGAAGCUGCGGGCUUGGACGAGGAACUCGCACAUUCACCGCCGCGAUGCGCUGCUCUAGAUGCUUAUUAUGCUCUGGGUAGCUAUGGCCUCGAUUUGUCUGCGUAAUUUGAAUAGCAUUUCGGUCAAGUCUACAGUAGUUCUCAAUCUCUCGGAG